CACCGCCUCGACGAGCUGCAGCCCGGCGCCUGCUACGUGGCCGCCGGCCCCGAGCGCUUCAAGAAGCUCGAUUAUCUUCAUAUAGGCACCAAAAAACCUCCAAAGAAGAUGAUAGAUGUGGUUAAACCAGUAGUUCAUAGUGCCAUCCGGGUUCCUUCCAGAUGGCAGUUGUUUUAUAACAAGCCACGUAAUAUCAAUGUUUUCACAAAUGGAGAAGUUCUUGUCCCACCUGCAAAAUUUCUCAUACCCAGAUUCACUUUGAGAAACUGGGAUAGUGUCCUUGCGCUAUUGAAUGAAAAAAUCUUUCCUCGUUCAGGCGGCGUUCAAAGGUUAUACACCCUGGAUGGUCAUGCUGUGCAUGGCUCAGAUAAGCUAGAAGAUAAUCAUUAUUAUGUUGCAGGAGGCAAAGAAAAGUUUAAACAUCUGCCAUAUUGGUGUUCUCCUAGAGUUCCUCCAGAGGUUCGGCGCUUAUAUGGUGGUUCCCAGUCUUCAAGAAAACCCAGGAAGAAAAAAUCAAGAUCAUUUCACUACCCUAGCAAAAAUGUUACUUAUGAAGAAUACCAGGCUGGUGACUUUCCAGGACGCCCUUCAGAGAAACGAAUUGCAAGUAAAAUUUCCAUUAGACCUUCAAGAGCUUCACAAAAACAUCUUGAAGUGCCAAAUAGGAGAGAAGAGUCCGUUUUUUAUGCCACAGACAAGCAGGCAAGUGCUGAAGAGGUUAUGCCAUCCAUUGCUGAAGCACCAAGUAUCUUCAAAGCUGAUGAAUCCAGGACAGAAGUUCAAGGGGCAGCAGAGAUACAGGAAGACAGCAAUAUGAAAACAGAGAUGCCCAUUGAUCAGGUGCCGGCUGAGGUUGUCCAGGAGGAAGAAAUUGAAACACCUGUUAAUAGUCCUGUGGAUGAGGAAGCCACGGACGGCAAUGUAGACACUGUGCCCUCUGCAGCCAGCCUUAAAUUGGACCAUUAAUAAGACAUAACUAAGUGGAUUAGAAUCAUUUUCCCUCUGUGAAGAUGAAGGCUUACGAAGUAACCAGGAGUUGCACAGAGAAACAUCUAUGUGGGAUCACUGAUGAGCUCCAGUCGGUCAGAAAAACAGCGCCCUUUGAAGUAAAAGCUGGAGCAAAGAGCUGAGUGGCUCAUUCUUAUUUUGUGGGAACCUGCUACAAAUUAAGCAAGUUGCUGACAACCUAGAUAUGAAUGACCUGGGUUCUAGUGUAUAUCGUAUAUACUGAAACUUAAACUAGUAUGAUAGUGAUUGGGACAUGAACCACAGUAAAUUGGGAAAAGUUAAAUUGCUUUUUCUUUACCUCACUUGCCAUCUGAGAUUGUUCAAGAGAAGCAAAUUGUAGCACCUGCCAGUAGUUCUGAAGAUGGAGCUAGAUGUGUUUGUUGUCUCAUUAUGGAAGAGAGUGUUAAGAAUUGCAAAUGAGGUAUGAGCGGGAACCCUUGAAGUGGAACAGUUGUAUGCUUUAGGGUAACAAUGUAAAGCAGUUGUAUUUGAUUCUGAAAACCAAAUUAGUUUAUGCAGCUUUCAUUUUAGGUUGGAUCUAAAACGGUUUGGGCCUCCUUUUGUUUUGUUUUCAGUCUCUGAAAUCUUGGAAGCCCAUGUGAUUUCAUGAGGUUGACAUUAUUUAUAGAUGAUAAAUAACCAGUCAGACAGGAGCUUAUUUUAAAGACCUAAAAAAACCUAUUUAUUUUUGGCAUAAUUUAACAUUAAGUUAGUACUUUCCAUUUUCAGAAUUCCUAAGAAACAUCAGUUAAUGCUAAAAAGAAACAUCAUCUUUAAUUUGUAUGGGGGAAAUAAAGAUGUCAAACAACAUUUCCGAAAUCACAGAAAACUCAGUGUCAGAACAAGGAUUAAAUAGAAAUAAAAUUAAUAAUACCAUAAGUUCAAUGUUCUCUUUCACAAGAUUUCUUCCUGUGCAGAAUGGUGAAUGGAGAGGAACACUGGUGAAAUGUAGGGGCUCACUGAGAGAUUUUCUUGGCUGAUACCAAUAGCCGAUGGUUAACCAACCAUAUCAGUCGAUGCCAAUCUGAUAACCAAUAUUUAGUAAUAGUGCAAGGCAUUUUAAAUUACUGACAUUAAAUAAACCUUUUGCA